GGCAGAAUCCAACAGCACCCCCAGCCCCCAUUCGCCGGGUUUGGCACUGUGCAAAGGUCCCCAUCGUAAAGUCGUGAUUGAUUGUGCCGUCCUCGACAAAGAGCCGAUAUCCUCAGGCCUGUCGCGUCGUCGUUUGCUUCCCUCCACAGCCACCCGACACCGCACACACACACACAAGCCGCCCGAAUGGCCAUGCUAUAGCCUCUGCGCCCGACCAGACACGACGUGCCACCAUGGCGAAUUCUUCACCACCGGCGGCGCGUAUCCCGACGCAGGAUACGCGUGCCGUGGAUAACCGCACCGCCCACCCCUGGGGCUCGACUAUUGAUCUGACUCUGGAAGAUCUCCGGAUCGAGGAUCGGAAUACCGAAGAGAGUCAUCAGCGCAGCUUAGCGCAGGCGAAGCGAGACCAUGAAGGACUUCGGAAGACUGCCAUCGAGGUCUUGAAGCACUACCAUCUUCAGGAAGAGCAGCGCCGCGUACAGAUCGAACAGCAGCAGCAGGAGGAUAGGUUACGCGCCGAGGCCAGACUCGCUGCUGAAAGGCAAAGACUUGAGGCCCUCAGGGCCAAGUCUGUCCCAAUCCCGCCGCCCCCACCACCGCCAGAGCCAGUACCCCCCGCCGAUGCUCCGAAGUCGACCGCUGCGGCUCCGCUCGCCAACGGCCAGUUAUCAGAUGCCCCAAAGCCAUUUGCUUCGACGUUAGCCAACGGGGAAACGAAGAACGCGGCGCCCGUCGCAGCCCCAGAACCCCACAAGCCUCCAGGGGGCAUGAUCAAUGGAGGCUUCCCGGCGCUGAACCAAGCCCAGCCUGUACAACCAACCCAGAAGCCUGCCUCAACGGCACCGUCGCCCAAUCCGCCACAAGUCAAUGGGGCACCCGCCGCAGCAUUGAAACCCCAACCCCCGCCAGCAGCUCCGGUGGCCAAGCCAGACCGCCAUGUUGAAGUCCAUAAGAAGCUGAAGCAGCUUCGCGCCUUCGUGGACCAACAGCGGAAGGUUAACCCGCAGCUCAAGGCGAGGAUGGGAGAGAUGCGCCGUGAGAUUCGAACGUCCGUGGGGCAACUUGUCGAGGGCGCACUAUCCAACAACAGACAGGCGGUUUCCAAAAUCACCGCGAAUCUGCAAGAAGCUCUUCAAGGCCGAGUACCUAGCCAGCCAGUCGACCCGAACGAAUUUCUACUGGAGCCUCGAAGUCCAGUAGAAAAUGUGACGAACAAUGCACCACAGGUGCCAUCACUCUUCAUCUUCCUACUCAACGUCUUCGCCAAGUCUGUUAUCUCCCAGUUCAUCAACGAGUGCUCCGCUAAACCUCAGUUGGCAGACGCUGUUGGAACUGUUGUCGCCAAAAUCUUUUCCGAUCCGGAAUUUCAAUGGAGAGGGGGCUCCAUGAUCGACUUGCUCCUCGCGAAGUACCGGAUUGUCUGUCCCGUUUUGUUCGGCUUCCGUGGCAGCGACAGAACUGAGCAAGGCCGGAUACGCAUCGGCUGGCGCAAAGCCGGCGGUGCUUGGAUACCAGAGCAGAUGCACGCCGAUCGCAUGACGGGUCUGGGAGCAGGAUUCGGCGCCAUCGCAUUGCGCGACUUCUCCAGGUCCAAAAACCAGAACCCCUUCCCUCCGUCGAGGUACUGGGCAGCUCUAGCCCGAAUUGUCAACACUCCGGCCAACGAGAUGUCGGACACGCAGUGCCUCGUACUCAAGGCCAUGAUCGAGAACUAUGAACAGCGAUUCAUACACUUUUACGGGAAUGCCGCAGUCGCGGCUCUGCGACUGGCAUUGGUCGAGUUCCCGGCCAAGGCACCCAAGAUGACGGCUGCUGUUGGAGCGCUCCCGGUGCUUGCCCAGCUCCUCAAGGGCGACUAUGGCCUCGCCCUACAAUAGCUGAAGGAAAGAUGCGCAUGUGCACCUCCCGCAACCAAGCAAGCUGUCUGUGCUAUCUUGGUGCCUACGCAGAUGCGCGAUUUACCUGCUAGCAGCCCGAAGCGCAUGCGCGGCCUGCUGUCUGCAACCCCAAUAAUGGAGGAUCAGUGAUGGAUUCAAACAGGGCGGAAACGGAACUUUGUCACCACCAGGAGCACAAGGCACAAGGGAGCCUUGUGCAGCACAACCACUCGACAUGCAUGACGCGGCGUUUAGACGGCAGGCAAGAGAUAUGGUUUGAAUUUGUUUUUUGUCGAAUUGUGUAAUGACUGCUUAUGUUUGAAUUGCCCAUAUCUUGGGAACGACAUCUAUCAUAGACGGCUCUAUUGGCUUUGCCCUUCUCAGCACGGGAUUCCCCCCGGAUGAUUUUUUUUUCUUCAUUGGAUACCAAGCCGCCCUCCUUGAUCGGAUAGUACAUAUACCUCUCGGUCGCAUCAUACAUGAAUAACACUGACAGUCUGCUUGCUGCUUUACACAGACAACAAGAAAGCUCAUUUAAAUAUUGUAAACUUUUAUUAAGAAGGCGUUUAUCAGUGGACGUGCCUCCCACGCCUCCGUCUAAAACACAACUCCAUUCCCAUAAUGGCACACAAAAGAAAAUAGAAAGCUUGGGAUCCCUCGUUAGUAACGCAACCUUAUAUCAUAACACCAGCAGCAGAAUCAAAAGAAGAAUGAGGACG